AUGUGAUACCCCAGACCGGGAUAAGUAACCACUGCGUUACUUGAACUAUCGUAGUAAAUUAGUGCCCAUUUGCAUACCUGCCAACUACAAUUCGUACCUGUCCUUCUAACCUAAUUUCUUCCUUUACAUCUUGACUGCAUACCAUCUGCUGGGUAGAAGAUGUAACUUUCGCUCGUUUAUUUGCUUCUUAUUUUUCUCCUUCUUGAGAGUUAGUUAGUUAUUAUCUAUUACAAUUUAUGUAGUAUAGGAGUAUAGGUUAUACCGAACAUCCCGAAUCAAGGAGCCAAUUCAAGUCCGAGCUAUUCGACGCGCGGCUAUUCCAUCCGAACCUCCGCCGCACCAUUCACAUUUACCAACCAUACCUGCCAACCUACCUGCCAACCUACCUGCCAACCUACCUGCCUUGAAUGAAGGCGAAUCACCACCACCACUCAUACCCAACUCGCCCCUACCUCCUCCUCCUCCUCCUCCACGAUAUCCUCCGAAACAAUGGCACGCUCCCGCUUCCUCUCGCGCCUCCUCCCCUUUAGCCCGUCAGCGACCCCGCUGCAGGCCGCGACCUACCUCCUCGGCAUCGCCCUCUUCAGCAUCUCCUUCCUCGUCUUCCUGAACUCGGCCAUCUCCUUCGUGAUCACGGACCUGCUGGGCGUGAAGACGGGCGUCGGCGACAUCGUCGGCACCCUCGGCUUCGUCGACGAGCUCGUCGCCCUCGUCGCCUGCCCCGUCUGGGGCCUCGUCAGCGACCGCCUCGGCGUAAGAUGGGUCGCGGUUAUCGGGUACGCUAUCAUCGCUGUUAGCCUGUUCGGGUUCGUGCAGGCGCGCGAUGUGUACCCGAGCUUGGUGCUCGCGCGCAUUGGGUUCGCGCUUGGUGCGACGGCGGCCGCGACGAUGGUCACGGCGAUCUUGCCCGUGCUUACCGGGGGUGGUGGCGCGGGCGAGGAAGGGGAGGAUGAGGAGGGGGAGGGGGAGCAGAGGGAAAGGGAUAGGGAUGCGCUUAGUGUGCGGAGUGCAAGAGCGAGCAGCGGUACUGGUACUGGUAGUGAAAGUGUGAGCGAAAAUGAGAGCUCGCGCCCCAAGUCGAAUCAUAAUCCGAGGAGUAGCCUGGCUUUGAGCCUGGAGAGCGAUGCCACGAUUACUCCGGAGCGGUUCACUACCAUAGAGCGCAAUCUCAGGAGUAGCGAUGGUUCGGAAGAUUCGUCCGACGCAUAUGGUAGCGUGGAAGGCAGAAGCGGUAGACCAUCUGCUCUAGCUGGAUACGUGGGCUUGUUCACAGGUUGCGGUGCUCUGGUCGCACUCGUCCUCUUUCUGCCGCUGCCGGCGCAGUUCUCCAAAAAGGACGGCGUGACGCCCGCGGAGGCCAUUACACAUAGCUUCUACGUUGUCGGUUCUGUUGCGCUCGUCGUAGCCAUCUUUGUCUUCUUCGGUCUACGGGGCUUGAAAGGUGAAGAAGGGAAGGGGUGGCGCAUGCUCCUCGGUCUCCGCCUGCCGCUAGACGCGAGAAUAGCUUAUGAUCACAACGCAGAUGCGGCAUCCUCAUCCUCCUCUUCGCAGCAGACAGCCACUGGAAGAACCCAAGGUGGACCUCUCCCAUACCAUCGGCUACUACUGUCGUCGCUGCGCCUCGGUGCCACAGACCCGCACAUCGCGCUCGGGUAUCUCGGUGGUUUCGUUGCGCGCGCCAGUACUGUCGCUAUCUCGCUAUUCAUCCCGUUAUACAUCAACGCCUUCUUCAUCGGCAACGGAUUCUGCCGCGGCUCGCCCAACGACCCGUCGCCCGAACUGAAAAAAGAGUGCCGCGCCGCGUACGUCCUAGCCUCGAUCCUAACCGGCGUCGCACAGCUCGCCGCCCUGCUUUGCGCGCCACUAUUCGGGUACAUCAGCAGCCGAACUCAAAGGGGACGGGGCAGGGGCAUCGGCGUGGACAAGCCGCUCGUCGUCGCCGCCCUGUUCGGCGUCGCGGGAUACCUCGCGUUCCCGCACCUCGCGAGCCCGGAGUACCACGACGUCAACGGCCGCGGCGGAAGCCCCGCCGUGUUUUUGAUCAUGGUGCUCAUCGGCAUCAGCCAGAUCGGCGCUAUCGUCUGUAGUCUUGGCUCCCUCGGCCGCGGUGUGCUGGCUACCGAGGGGUUCGCCGCCUCCACCUCCUCCCUUUCCUCCUCCCUCAGGACCGAGGAAGACGAGGACGAAGGUAGGGGAAGGGCACGUGAAACCGACGCCUUACUAACAACCGCCGAAGUCGAAUCCGGUGGUGCUAGCGGUGCACCCAUCUCCCGCGUCCACCUCAAGGGCUCCAUCGCAGGCGUAUACUCGUGGUGCGGCGGCGCCGCUAUCCUGCUGCUCACGAAGCUCGGCGGGUACUUGUUCGACGUUGCGGCUCCGGGCGCUCCGUUCUAUAUGAUGGCGGCUUUUAACGCUGCUUUGCUUGUUGCGAGCUUGGGGAUUGGGUUGGGGGGGCUGGGGUGGAGGGGAGGGGAGGGGAGGGAAGGUCAGAGGCUAUAAGGAAAUAUUUCGAAAAGGGAAAAAUUAAAAAAAUGGAAAUGGAAGUGGAGGUGUAGGUGUAGGAUACCCAUGCCCGUGUAUAUAUAGAUCUGGAUAUAGGUACCUGCGUAACCUAGAGAGAAGGUGGAUAUGGGUGUACUAUCAUACUACUAUGUAGGUAGUGUUAAGGUAUAGGCACGUAGGUAGGGUAGGUGCCGUGGUUAAGGGGGGAGAUGAUACGAUACGAAAUGAAAUUAUAUAUCAUUCAACUAACCUAAAUGAGUUAUAUGUACC